AUGUGUCGCUUGCAAAUUCUUUUAUUAAUUAUCCUGUGCUUAGGAAGAUCCAAAGGCUGGUCAGCCAGGGAAGUUAUACAUCAGCUAAAUGAAGAUCAAAGACUACAACUUAAUAUUUACUUGGACUGCGGUGGCAUCGAAUUGCAAAUAAGUCAGGAUGUGCCCAACUUACUGCUAAGUAGUUCUCGGGAACAAAAUAAAGUGUUGGGUAGAUUCAGCUCUCGUUCUUUGAUCAUUGCCUGUCCUAAGGAAACCAAAGAUAAUCGAACUCUAAAUGGAAUAAAGGAACUUCUCUGGGGAUUACAGUACUUGCCCAUAUUGUAUAUCGUAAAUUCCAAUAUGGAAUUUUAUUUUCAAGAAUCUUUAAACAGAGGAUUUAUUCAUGUGCUGGCUCUGAAUUUACGGAAUGGAACGCUCCACACCUAUACACCGUAUCCCAAAGUUAAAAUUCGCAAUAUAGAUAAUGUGGAGCAAUUCUAUGCCUUGAGAAAAUUGAAAAAUCUACAAGAACAGGUCGUGCACAUUUCUGUGGAAACGAUGACGCCCCGAUGUUACCACUAUACCAAUCGUUAUGGUGAAAAAGUCUAUGCUGGUUAUAUGUACAGGAUGCUAAAAGGAUUUAUUGAAACCUACAAUGGCACUGAGAAGCAUGUUUUUGGGAAUGUGGAUACCAUUCCGUAUGAAGAGGGCCUGAAAGCACUUGGAAACGGAGAAAUCGAUAUGAUGCCUCGGAUUAUUCACUCCUUGGAGUGGCGUUACUUCUACCGCAGUCACAUUUUGUACAACAUUAAAACAUUUAUCAUGGUUCCUUGGCCCGAACCCUUGCCAAAGAGUCUGUACUUUAUAAGACCCUUUGGUAAUGCUGCUUGGUUAACUUUCUUGGUGAGCUUUAUCUACGCCUCCAUCGUCAUCUGGUGGAUAAGAUAUAGACAGAGGGAGAACUCUUCCUUAUCUCGUUCUUUUUUGGAUGUGCUGCAGCUGCUGUUUCAACUUCCCUUUAGCAAAAAGUGGCACUUCAACUUGGGAUUACAUCAGGUGCUCACCUUCAUCGUCCUCUUCACCGUCGGUUUUAUUCUGACAAAUCUGUAUACCGCUCAGCUAUCCAGUUUUUUAACUACCGGUUUGUUCAAAAGACAUAUCAACACCUUUGAGGAUCUAUUCCGUGAAAAACGCACAUUUUUGGUGGAAAGUUUUGACGCUGAAGUACUACACAACAUGACCAAAGCCAAUAUUAUCCAAAGAGAGUUUGAAAAUAUUACACUAGUUACCUCGAUAAAGGAGGUUUUUAAACAUCGCAAGAGCCUCAAUACUACUUAUGUUUAUGAGGCCUACGAGGAUCGCAUUGCAUUUGAGCUGCUACAGCAAAAGUAUCUUCGAGUACCGAUUUUCAAGACCUUAAAGGAGGUCUACGACCAACAGCCUGUUUUUGUGGCACUUCGUCACGGAUUGCCUUAUGUGGAGCUAUUCAACGAUUACCUUAAGCGAAUCUGGGAGUCGGGCAUUUGGGGUAAGCUGCAGAAGGAGUCACUUUUUGAAGGAAUCGCCAGUGGAGAAAUUAGUUUUCGGAAGUCAAAGUCCCGCGAAAAAAAGGUCUUUGAUAAGGAAUUUUAUUUCUUCGCCUACAUAUUACUGGGAGUGGGAUGGUUUGUCAGCACUAUCGUUUUUAUUUUAGAAAGGUUGAGAAAGUAA